UUUUGACAGACGCGACGCUAAAGCUGCCCUCCUGCGCAUGACCGGCGACGAGUUGAGCAAGUGAAUUAGAAUUUUGCUCCUCCUCCAAUGCUGGAUCAUAGAAAGUAACCUAAUUUUUGCGUUGGUUUUUCAUCUAGGUCAACGCAUUGCAUGGCCGUUCCAGCAGGCCUAAUUGAAACAAAAUGUCGCGCGUCGUCGACGUGAUCCCCAGCAUGUUUGCGAAACUAAAACCAAGAAACAGAAAGAGGCGAAACGCAACUCUAACUUAGGAGGACAGCUAAAAGCACCACCAGUCCUGAAAAAAGUUGUCUUUUCAGACGGGAAACCAGCGUACGAUUCGACAGAGCCAGAAGUUACAGUCCGCCUCCUGAGCACGGCGCCUCGGCACGAGCUACAGAAAAUAUGUGGAUUUUUUUCCUGGUAGUAUUUGCGUUUUUCGCGAUUUUACUACUGUGUUUCCCCUGUGCGAAGUGUCUGACGCGCAAGUGGUUCCGCAAGAAAGCACUGCUUCUCGAAGCGGAGCAGCAGUCGAAAGCAAACUCGGGGAGGAGUAGCAUCAAAAGCUGCAACACAAGUUGCUCCCGCGGUGAACUCGGUGGAAAAGUAGAUUUUUCCGGUGAGGACCCUCAAGGCCGCAGUGGCGCGACAAGGACAAGGAGCCAAGAUCUUCAACAAAGGAACCCAAGAAAUGAAGGAGCGGCAGACCAUCCGCCCCGGGGCGGGAGCAGACCGAGCGGAGGUAAACCUAAACCGGGGAGCAAUCACCACCAUGAGCUGCUGGGCAGCAAUCCGGACGAGGAGAAAUUAAGAAUACGAUUGUUGUCAAAUAGCAGUAGCGGAGUGGAAAGACCAGACCAAGGCGUCGAGAACAACAUCAACAAGAAGCAUGACGUUGACCACGACCAUGACGCUGACGCACGCCAGUCGCAAGAAGAGUGCAAGCAUCAGGAUGAAGAUCACUCGCACCAGCUGUCAAGCAGGAGUGGCUCCAAAAAUGAAAUUGCCAGACGCAUUCAAGCUGCAAAUAAAGAUGAUUCAUCCGAAACCGAAUCCGGGAACAAGAACCAGCAGUACUACGGUGACGCCAACCUGACGGACCAGCGACUUUUCGCGCUCCGGCGUCUCGGGGUCGCCUUUUUCAUCGUUGGUGGGACGCAGAAUCUGGUCGCGAACAUCCGCAGCCCCUUGUUCCAGGAGUUUGCCGACCCCCGACAGGAACCCGUGGCGAAGUUGCACACCUUUUGGGUCAGCAUGUUGUUCAACAUUGCCUACGGAUUGACCGCGCACUUCUGGUCACCGAAAGCUGUAGCGACCAUCAUGCCCACGAUUUUCGGGUGUCACAUGAUUGGAACCGCAAUCUACUUCUCC